GACGUCGUAUUAGGUAUGCGACUGGAAUAAGGUCAUCGGAAUCUGAGAAAGGCUCUCGUCCUCCUUUGCUUCUUCUUCCAAAAAAUGGAUCGAACCCAAAGACCGAGAAGCGUCCUGGACUCACUAGGCGAAGAACUCAUCGGAAUCCUCACGCCCGUCUCCAUAUGCAUGUUCACCGUCGUCCUCCUCGUCUGCCUCCUAAACUCCGACCCAUCCUCCUCCGCCUCCUUCUCCUCAAUCGCCACCGCAGCUUACUCCGAAACGGACUCCGACUCCCCCUGGGACAAGCUCCUCGGCGCCUUCCUGAACUCCCUCGUCUUCGUCGCCGCGAUCACCGUCGCGACGUUCCUCCUCGUCCUCCUCUUCUACCUCAGAUGCGUCAGGUUCCUCAAGCUCUACAUGGGCUUCUCGGCCUUCGUCGUUUUAGCGAACCUCGGCGGAGAAAUCUCCGUCCUUUUGAUCGAUCGCUUCAGGCUCCCGGUCGAUUCCGUCACGUUUUCGAUCUUGUUAUUUAACUUCUCCGUCGUGGGUGUGUUCGCCGUGUUCAUGUCGAGGUUCUCGAUCUUGAUCACUCAGGGGUACUUGGUUGUGAUCGGUGUCUUGGUCGCUUACUUCUUUACUAUGCUGCCUGAGUGGACUACUUGGGUUUUGCUUGUCGCUUUGGCGCUUUACGACCUCGCUGCUGUUCUGUUACCUGUUGGUCCGUUGCGUCUCCUUGUGGAGAUGGCUAUCUCCAGAGACGAGGAUAUACCCGCUCUGGUGUAUGAAGCGAGGCCCGUGAUCCGGGAUGACUCGCGUUUGGUUCAGAGGAGAGUUUGGAGAGACCGGAGAUCCAGCCAGAACGAUGACGACUUGGAGAACAACGAAGUAGUAAAUGUGGUUAGAGCAGAGGAGGACGAACAAAGAUCAGAGAUAUCUGUACCGUUGAUUGAGAGGAGUAGACCUGAGAGUUCGGAGACUUUUCUCGAAGGGAUUGGGUUGGGAUCAUCAGGUGCGAUCAAGUUGGGGCUUGGGGAUUUCAUCUUCUAUAGUGUUUUGGUUGGAAGAGCUGCUAUGUAUGAUUUGAUGACGGUUUACGCUUGUUACUUGGCCAUUAUUGCUGGUUUAGGGGUCACGUUGAUGCUAUUGUCUGUGUAUCAAAAGGCUUUACCGGCUCUUCCUGUGUCCAUCAUGUUAGGUGUUGUGUUCUACUUUCUCGCGAGGUUGUUCUUAGAAGUUUUUGUUGUGCAGUGUUCUUCAAACCUUGUGAUGUUUUAAGAGUAUUGAAUACACGUUUGUCUAAAACUA